AGAGGAAGACGAAGCAGCCGCACCAGGCCAUGUAGCUGACAGGUCUGAAAUAGUGGCGUCGAUUGUGGUCGUCGCGUGACACACUGCCUCCAGCGCGACAACCAGCUGGCGGAGUGCCGGAGACGGCAGCGCCCCUAGCCGCGCCACCCGCUACGGGUGGGCGGCCCCAUGGUGCCAUGGUGGUGGCCGCAGGCAUGGAAGACGGUGGCCGCCGAGGCUCCGAGUGCCGCUUCCUGCGUCGGACCGUGCAGGCGCUGCUGGGCGUCGCUGUCGUUGCGCUAGCCAUGCUCAACGGAGGCCUGCUCACCUCCUACUUCAGCGGCACCAGUGGUGACGGCCCUGGGCUGCGAUACGCAGGGUGGCGCUUCUGGCAGCCGGUGGGCACCACACCAUCUCCGCUGAACACGCUUGUUGAUAAUGGUCUGCCGAGGCGCUUUGAAUCCGAGGACGAGCGCGUCGAAAUGGUCGAGGAUAGUCCCCAGCUUACCGCUGGGAGCGCCGAGGGUGAAGCAUUAAGCCACGAUGAGAAAGCUGGAGGCGUUACGAAGGGCGACGGCGACGACAAAAAAAGCACCAAAACCCCAGACUCGUCGGCGCACCGAUCGCUCAGGCCUCCGACGAAACGAAUUCCCAGGCAUUAUCCUCCUCAGCCCGAACGAGACGCCAGACGGCUUCGGUUCAAAGACAGCGACUCAGCGUGUUCCCAACCGGAGUGCCUCUGGUACCUGCACCACACCAACAACAAGAUCGACCGAAGCGUGAAUCCGUGCGACGACUUCUACGGUCACGUCUGUGGGCCCCGCUGGUUCUCUCCGAACGCCAAACCCACUUUUGAAGCCGAGAGUGUCGAGAAGCUGAUGAGCUGCCUUGACGUCAAUAUCCGCGUGGAGCGGCACAGUCCCCUGCGCUGGGUUCGCAACAUCGCGUUCAUCUACCAGUCUUGCCUUACGUCAAACGGUUCUCGGGCGAUUAGAGAGCACCUUCUCGCGCGGCAGCACAAAACGCCUGUAUCUUCGCCUGAGUCCUUCACCAAAGCCCCCGCGGUGGUGUUCCGCAUCGGACUACAGGAGAUGGUAUCGCAGCUGCGGAGCGAUUACUUGGAACGCCUGGGAGUCAAUCCUCUUGCAAACGCGUACAUGGCUCCUGCCGGAGAGGAGGCAGCAGGAGGCGAGAACAAGUACGUUCCCUACGUCGACUCCCCCGAGUUGAUAAUGAAAAGAUUCUUCCUCCGGUACCCAGAUCGGACCGAAAGCGAUUACAAGCACCUUAUAGAGAAAUCUCUUCCCGGCAUAGAGAAUGCGUCGCUUGUCGCCAGCAAGAUUGUUUACAUCGAGAAGCGCCUGAUGACCAUCGUCUCAAGCUCAGGGUCCCGGAGCAAAGCUGGCACACUUACUUCGGAUCGAAUGACGUCAUUAGGAAACUCCACUGCAAGAUGGCUGUCGCAUCUUUUUCCAAAGUCAUUUGGUGGUCGCUUAAACGUGCGCAUAUUGGAUGAAGAGUACGUGAGUCACGUUAUGGAUUUGCUGAAGCACGUCUUUACUCCUACCGACGUCGCCGAUUACUUUUAUUUUCGGACCCUCGUGGAAUACUCUUCGUUCCUCAACAUCACUCCGCUGAUACCGCUGAGUUACGACACUCAUCUAAGCUCCGUGCCCCUUCGCAUCCAAGGUUGCCUACACAUGGUCGAGAACAUUUAUAAACACGGCAUGCGCAUGCUUGGAAUCGAGGCCCUAGGGGGGAACCUUGGUGUGUGGAGGAUACCGUUCCAGCGCGAAGUUGAAGCCCUGUUCGAAGAUGUUCGCCACUCUCUCCAAAGGUUCGUACGCUUUUGGUUCAGUGGAAGCACUGUCAACACUGCACUUCGCAAGCUACGUUCCAUGAAGCUCGCCUACCUUGGUGCUAGUGCAGCGUACCCCACUUCGUAUGCUACUUCAACGCCUGACGUAAGAAGCUUGAAAGACUUCGGUGCUCUCAUCAAAGAUUCCGUCAGGAGAGGUUUUAAUGCCACGACGAACUAUGAUUUCCUGCACAGGACUUCAGUGUUUUCGACGUCCGUCGAGUACAACCCCGAGACAAAUUUCCUGUACGUGCCCCACGCCCUGGUGACCAUGCCCGUUCUCUUCUCUGAGACAUUGCACCCAGUAUUCGUUCCUAUACUAGGAUCUAAGAUGCUGCAGGGCAUCAUGAAAGCCAUCGACGUUCGCGGGUCUGGCGACUCCAGACAUGGUGGAGCCUAUCGUAGCUGGUGGACCUCGGAGGACUGGACAAAGUAUCAAAACAUGUCAGCCUGCUUUCUUGAUCAGCUGGAUCACGAUGUGAGGAAAGUGUCUCCUCGGACCAACUUCCGUGCGUUUCAGGACGAGUUCAUCGCCGAGAGCGCCGCAAUUGAUCCCCUGCUCGAGGUCUACGGCCGCCGAGUUGCCGAGCGCGCCGACAACUUCCGGUUUAAUCCGAAGAUUUUCUAUUACGCUUACGCCAUGGGCCAGUGCGAGAAACCGGGCACCGACACCGUACAAGUACGGUACAAGCAUGCCAUUCCGGCGAGAAUCCGAGUCAACAACGCCCUUGCGAAUCAUGCGCUCUUUCAGAAGGUUUUUCGGUGCGGACGGAAUUCUCGAAUGGCGCCGAGGCGGCGCUGUAGUUACUGGACCAAAUGACGAGGUGGCGAAACGGAAAAGCAAUCGAUGUGUGAUUGUCAUUUCACAACUAACAGUCACUGCACCAAGUCUCUAGUGGUGUGUGCGUCCUAUGGAUGGCUAAGAAUGUUUACCGCUCGCUGUGAAGCCGCAGGAGUCACCGAAGUGUGUUGCAACGGGCCAGCCACACCUCCAUCUGCGAGAUUAGAGUACGCGCACUCGUACAGAAAUUGCAGCGAAGCACCCAAAUAAAUAGUGAG